AUGCUCUACAGUCCUGAUGCCGGCCAGCUUAUAGGUUCGCACCAUGGAUCACUUGCAUUGUUUUAUAGGACACAUGUGAGUGUUCCCGUGUACGAAGAGAUAUCGUGCCAGUACAGCCUUUACAUCAAGGCACGAGACGGGUCCUUCGUGCAGUUGGGCGAGACGGGUCACGGCCGUUAUGAUUCUGAGGUGGCUCAUGAUUGGCGUGAAGUUUGUUUCGGUCCUGACGUUCAUUGGGAGGGUCAUCGCCCCGCCACCUUGACGGCCUUGGGCAUCUUCGGCCUUACCCACGAGCAGCUGCUGCAGUCAGAGUGGGUACAGAAUGACACGCUGACGGUGAAGUGCUUGCUGGAGGUGCGGCCCCGCUACUUCGAUAGCAGGCUCUCUGUCGGCCUAUCAGCGGAGCUUCCGGGCCCCAGCAUCGUCCGCGACAUGCAAGCCCUGUUCGAGAAGGGCACGAACAGUGAUGUUCGCUUUAUGGUUGAGGGCGAGGUGAUCCAUGCACACUCGGCAGUCUUGUGCCAGAGGUCGGACGUGCUGGAGAGCCAGCUGACCACCGGAAUGCAGGAGUCCAUUUCGAAGGUCAUCGUCAUCGAGGACUGCUCCGCGCGUAUCUUCCGAGCCUUCCUCAAGUUCCUUUACACGGACAACUUGCCCAGCGUGGAGGAGCUAGCUGCUCAAGUUUCGUGCAGUGCCGCAGAUGAUGACAGCUGGCAGCUAAAGGAGAUGCAGGCCCUGCUGGCUGUGAGCCACAA